UUAUCGGGUAUUGGAAAAUGUCACUUUUGUGUGCAGGUGUUCCAACAUAUAAGCCAUGCAACGUGACAAAGGGAAAAGUGUACCUGGACAGCAAUGGGUGCAAGUCUGCAAACGAGGUGGAAGUGACAACAUGCGGAGGAUCCUGUGGCACCUACGCCAUGUAUUCUCUUGAGGCCGACAUGAUGGAGCACUCUUGUACCUGCUGUCGGGAAGUAUCCACCACCAAGAAGGAAGUGGAGAUGAUCUGCCCAGAAGGGUCAAAGUUCAACCACUCCUACAUCCACAUCAAUAAAUCUGGCUGCCAGAGGACAGAGUGCGUGACCCCAGAGGCGACCCAGGUCACAAGGUCACGACGCAGGAGAAGAUUAAUGACUCUCCACUACUAUCCCUUUACUGCUUAGAUUAAUUUUCUAUUU